UCGGUUUGUGCAUAUUUUGUGAACAUGUAAAAUAAAACGUGCUAUAUUCCAUAUGGUAUUGUUUGUAACACUAUGAAUUCUAGUGUUCUAUGAAAUAUCUCACUUUGUUGAACAUUGUUUGACUUUAAUCAAACAAUUUUAAUUGAAUUUUUAACAUUUACUUUACAUAAUUCAUCUCGAUUAUAUAACUUGUAUGUGUGAAUCAAGAUACAUUGAAAGUUUUCAAAUAUGACCGUGAACAAUGUUCUAAGUAUUCUACGAGUUGUGUUCUUAGUUGUCCACCAUUUGUAUUGCUACCCUGCUGGCUUAGUAUGGGCUUUGCUAAUAAUGCCUUUAUACAAGAUAAAUGCUUCUCUAUUUCAUCGUCUGUACGAAAUCUUGGGAUACAUGAUGUUGACUAUGGGAACUUGGUACACUUGGUCGGCUGGCUAUGGUGUUCUAGAACUUGGUGAUGAUAUAUCCCCAUGUGAUCAUGAGAAGACUUUGGUUAUGAUUAAUCAUCAAACAGCAAGUGACGUAAUAUUUUUACUUUCUUUCUUGAUUUCAAGGCUAGAAUUCAUUAAAAACUCAAUGUGGAUUAUGAAUGAAGAAUUUAAAUACACUCCUUUUGGCACUAUGUGUAGAGUAAAAAGACACUUCUUUAUCAAAAUUGGAAAAGAAAAAAGAGAGCAAGGGCUAGUGGACUUCAAACGGCACUUGGAAAAGUAUUUUGCAAAUUUAAACAAAAAAAAGAUCGUUUUGUUUCCGGAGGGAGGAUUUCUUCACAAACGAAGGGCAAAAAGUCAAAAAUACGCUUUGGAAAACAAUCUACCAGUGUUGCACAACGUGUGUCUACCCCGCCUGGGAGCUGUGCAGACGACGUUAGACGUUUGUCGUUCAGCGGAGGAAAAAUCAAAACAAACUAACGACAACACCAAGUCCUCAGAAUUGAAGUGGGUGCUGGAUAUCACCAUAGCCUAUCCCGGAGGACAUCCUAUAUGGGUGACCGACAUUGCCUGGGCUUCUCGGACACCCUGUAACGUCAUCUUCCUCUACCGGCUCUUCCCCGCCUCACAACUACCUUCAGACCCUGACCUAGUCACCAGGUGGCUCUAUGGCAGAUGGCAAGAGAAGGAUGAAAUCCUAACUAAGUUUUACUCCACAGGAUCAAUCCCCGUAGAAGAGGUCUGUAAAAACCCGAUCCCUCCACGUUUAUUGACUCAAAACCCUCUUGAGCAAUUUGCAAUCCAUGUUUUCUUUCUGUUAUCUUCCUACGUGUUGUACAAAGUGUAUUUUUUGUUUUUCGAUCCAAGCCUUUUCCUAUGGCUUCUAUUUUUCUACUUAAUUUUUCUGACGUUGAAAGUUACAAAGAAGAUUUGAACAUUUUAUAGGAAAACUUAGUAAGAUCUUGAGAAACUAUGGUUGUACGAUUUGUUGUAAAGGUUUGUAGUGAACUGUCUACAUUUACAAGGUGUUAAUUAGCCCAACACAUCCUUACAACCGGACGUAAGUUAACAAUUUUUUUUUAAAGCCUACUAGCUUGGAAAACAUUAGUAUAUGAGCUAUGCUAUUUGCACUUUUUUAGUGUACUUAUUUUUUUUUUAUUGCAUUGGCACACUGGCUAAGCUAAUCCAAAUGCAUACAUAUUGUACAAUAAACUAACCAAAAGGAUCCCUAAAUAGCAAAACAAACAUUAUAGGCCUAGACACAUUUCUAGUAUGAAAACUGUAAAACAGGUAAAGAUAAAUAUGUAAGAACAAGUUAGAUGGUUUCCUGAUAAGUAAAGAGUUUUUUUUUUAUGUUGAGAAAACAAUGUUGAACCUGAAAUUAUUAAGAGGAUAUACAUGAAAUUAUUUAGAGGGUUGCCGAUGUUUAUAAGGCGACAUAUAUAGCUUAAUUUACUAAAAAAGGUUACAAACAACUGUUUCUACAACAUCUGUAACCUCAGAAACGUGCAUUAUUUAAGCAUAUUACGAACCUGGUUCUCUGUCCUGUACUAGGUUUAUUUUUCGUUUUUAACACAUAAAUAAAUUUAAGCCUUACCUAUAGAUUUGAAUUGUUAUAGCUUGAAGAUAUUUUUACGUUUCAUUUACAUGUUCAUUAGCUUAUAAGUGUUUGUUCACCACAGUUACUGAUUUGUUUAAAACCGGGUUAGAAUCAUCAAUAACCUAAACUUUUUAAGUAUGUGGAGGAUAAAGUUUCCGAUCAUUG